AAUAAAGGAGCUAGCUACCUGGCUCGUGAAAUCGAGUUUGGCUGACUUUUGACUACGUCAACACACUGCACGUGUAAAACACGUAGCGGGAACAGUACACCUCCCUAACUACAUUUUCAUGCUCCGGGAAAGUUUUUUUUUUUAAUUGUCCAGCUGCAAUUAAUACGCCGACGUCAAUCAUAAAAUAUAUUGUCUAGAAAGGAAAGCAUUGCCACACAAAAAAAAUCACGCGUCCAUUCGCGCCCCACACUUUGAGAAACGCUGACCUACGUUAACGCACUGGUGGUGUAAAACACGUAGCGGGAACAGAACAAUAACAAACCUUCAUUUGGUGGUAUGCUUCGCUUUCUGCUGAAGGAGAUCACAUUUGUGUAUUUGUUCAAUUAACCAUACUUUUCAAGUUUUGGAUUGGAAUGUUUCAGUACCGAUUUUGUUGAUUCCCUGCUCAGGUUAUAAGUGUUGUAUAAUUUCUUUACCUCAUGAAGAGUAUUGGUGUGAUGCCUCUUGCAUAAGGUGAUUUAGUACUUGAGUAUUAAUUCUUUUUUUUAACUCUAAACGUGUGGUUUUGUUGCAUGUACUUCUCAUUUCACAUUCCGUUUUUUUGUGCCCUUAUUUAUUAGGGUCUAGGUGGCCAGUCACCAUGCAAUGCUCUUGGAAAGUUGUCAUUCUGCUAGCCCUGGUCGCUAUAGUCAUCCAGUAUGCUGUACUUAGACCAUUCAGAACGAUGGCACAUAACAUCUUGAAUCGACAUCGACCAGAAGAGCAUCCUCAUAGUUUUCACGUAUCUGGGAAGACCCACAUUCUCAUCUUAGCUGCCAGCCGUUCUGGUUCCUCAUUUUUGGGGCAACUCUUCAACCAUCACCCCGAUGUCUUCUACCUGUAUGAACCUCUAAACCAUAUUCAGACUGCGCUGAAGUCAACACCUGCCAACCGAAGGAUGAUACUUGGGGCCAGUAGGGACCUCCUUAGGGGCUUGUUCAACUGUGACCUGCACCUCUUGGAGGAUUACAUCACCCCACGGCCAGAAAAUCACAUCACAAACCAGCUCUGGCGCAGGGGGGCCAGCAAAGCCCUCUGCACUCCCCCUGUGUGUGACUCCUUCAGUCCCCAUAGGGGGUAUAUCACUGAGAGAAAUUGCAUCGAGACGUGUGGCUCCCUGAAUCUCACCCUGGCCUCACAGUCCUGUCAGCAGAGAGGGAAUGUGGUCAUCAAGACAGUGCGAGUGCCAGAGGUCAGUGAUGUCCGAGACCUGCUGGAGGACCCUCGACUCAACCUGAAGGUCAUCCAGCUGGUCAGGGACCCACGUGGAGUAUUGGCCUCCAGAAUGAUGUCCUUCCCAGAUAACUACCUACUGAUGAGACUGUGGAAGAUGAAGCAUCAGAAGCCUGAGGGUCUAAAUCUUACACACGUGAGCGUGUGCGAGGACUUCCUCAGUUCUGUAAGCACAGCCUUGAGACAGCCUGACUGGCUGAGAGGAAGGUACAUGCUGGUGAGGUAUGAGGAUCUAUCCAGCCACACUCUUCAGAAGACCCAGGAGAUUUUCAAGACCCUGCGAUUAUCUUUUGAUGAAAACGUCAUGGACUGGAUUGACAAGAACACAGAAGGAAAUAUGGGUCGUUGGUCAUACAUGGAUGUAUAUGGUACGAAAAGAGAUUCUGCCACAAAUUCAGAGCGCUGGAGGUUGAGGUUGUCUUUUGAUAUGGUUGAAUAUUUGCAAACCUUGUGUAAAACCACUUUACAUCAGUUGGGCUACAAAAUAGUAAAUUCAUCGGAAGAACUGGAGAAUGUUUCUCUCAGCCUUGUUGAGGAACAUUGGAGACCAUUUCAGUGACAUGAUGUUUUUGAUAUAAUCUUCACUGUGAUAAGACUUCAGUUGUCUCUAGUUUUUAGUUCUAUUACGUUGUUGCCUAUGUCAUAGAAGCAAUUUAAUUAAUUAAUUAACAUUAAUUAACCUCCUGGAGUUGCAGAUGAAAUAAAUAUUUCUAAUGAACAAUUUUUAUUGUUUAAUCAUAAACAGUGUUUUUCACACUUGGUAACACAUUUGAUAUAGAAGGGAAAUACACGUCAGAAACAUUUGCAUACACUUUAUAAAGGCUAAAAAACAAACCGUAGUGACUAGUAGAGGUUGAAGUUA